AUGGUGCUUGGAGACGCGAACAGGACCGCGAGCUACGGAGAGAGCGCGCGCUCGCUCAUGGCGGAGGCGCGCGCGCGGGAGCCUGGCGCGGGCGCUGCGAGCGUGAGGAUCUCGGAGGCGCUGCUGCUGCCUCGGCUCUUGGGGCUCGCGCACGACGGCGGCGGUGGCGGGGAGCGCGUGCCCGCCGUACACGUGCCCGCGCACCUGCCCGGUUCCGCGGCUUCGGACAUGCUGGGACCCUCGGCCCUCGAGCCGAGCCUCGUGAUGGCAGCGGCCAACCGCACGCGCUGCGCCGAGCACAUCCUGAGCUACGGCGGCGCGGAGAAGGUGCUGAUCGGCGCCGUGCUCACCGCGCUCACGCUCAGCACCAUCUGCGGAAACGUGCUCGUGCUCGUCUCCGUGUGCUUCGUGAAGAAGCUACGGCAGCCCUCCAACUACCUGAUCGUGUCGCUCGCGCUCGCGGACCUCUCCGUGGCGCUCGCCGUCAUGCCCUUCGUCAGCAUCACGGACCUGAUCGGCGGCCGCUGGAUCUUCGGCCAGUUCUUCUGCAACGUCUUCAUCGCCAUGGACGUGAUGUGCUGCACGGCGUCCAUCAUGACGCUGUGCGUGAUUAGCAUCGACAGGUAUCUGGGCAUCACCAGACCCUUGACGUACCCGGUGCGACAGAAUGGCUGGUGCAUGGCCAAAAUGGUUCUCUCUGUGUGGCUUCUCUCCGCGUCCAUCACCCUGCCCCCACUCUUCGGGUGGGCGCAGAAUGUGAAUGAUGACAAGGUGUGCCUGAUCAGCCAGGACUUUGGCUACACCAUCUACUCCACUGCUGUGGCAUUCUACAUACCUAUGACUGUCAUGCUGAUCAUGUACUACCGCAUUUACCGGGCGGCCAAGCUGAGUGCGGCAAAACAUACCAUCACAGGUUUCCCGCGGCCGGGCGACAGUCGGCGAGAUGAGGACAAAGAGGACGAGGAGGACCCUGGGGAUGGUGCCGAAGAGACGACAGGCGUGGAUUGUGUUACGGUGGCGAUGAAGCUGCACAGAGAGGUGGAGGAGUGCACCCGGUUGCCCCGACUCUUGCGGGGAAUGGCCGGUGGUGCCUCUGACCGCAAGAGCAUCUCCAUCUUCAAGCGGGAACAGAAGGCAGCAGCCACUCUGGGGGUCGUAGUGGGGGCCUUCAGCUUCUGCUGGCUGCCCUUCUUCCUGCUGUCCACAGCCCGACCUUUUGUGUGCGGGACAGAGUGCAGCUGUGUGCCACUGUGGGUGGAGAGGACGCUACUAUGGUUGGGCUAUGCCAACUCGCUCAUCAAUCCUUUCAUCUACGCCUUCUUCAACCGAGACUUGCGCACCACCUACCGCAGCCUUCUCAGCUGCCGUUACCGCAACAUCAACCGCAGGCUGUCGGCGGCUGGCAUGCACGAGGCACUCCGGCUGGUGGAGAGGCCCGAGACCACAGUGUCGGGAUGACCCUGGCAUCCAAAAAUACAUGUGUGAAGCUGUAAACCUCAAGCAGGAUAAUCCCUGAGUGACCUUGGGAACCCUAAUAUACACAGGGCCCUUGGAAGGUGUGCCAGGGAUUGUAGAUGCCGUUUUGAAAUGUCCCUUUUGUUAACCUUUAUCGUGGGGCCAAGGCUUUGUAGUCACCUGUGAGCUCAAACGUUUAAGAUUUAAUUCAGUCCAAUUAAAGAUGUUCAGAAAACAGCUUUCCAGAGACCCUCAUUGAGCAAUUCCAAGGUGACAGUGGCACUGAACUACUACAACUAAGACUCAAAACAGGAACCCGUCCUUCUCUGUCGACACCGGAUAGUAGAAUAUGAUAAGAGAUAUACCACGGAACUAAUAGUCUCUGAGCACUUAGGAUUUCUGGGUUGUCUUUCGAAACAGGGUCACCUAACAAGGAUGCAAAUGCUGAGUGUUGUCAUGAAUCAAAACAGUGCCAUGAAUAAUCAUGAAAAGACUUGAUUCUCCGGUCAUAUAGAUGGUAGAUGUGCAAGCCAAUGGACCUGAUUACCCAGAUUUAAAAUGUUUUUCUGUGAGGAACAUCCACAGCUCCUACAGACCUGGCCUCGUACAGUGUAAAAGCAGCUCCAAGGAUAUUCACGUCAGUUACCCGGCCAGGU